UUUCCUGUUAGGUGUUUUUGGUCAUAUAAAUAAUCCUGUCAGCUGCGUAAAGAGCGGUGGGGUAUGCCUCCCGAUAUAUUGCCCUAAUGGCUUUAAACAACUCGGCACCUGUGGUCUCCCUGGAACAAAGUGCUGCAAGAAGAAUUGAGGAGGCCGAGAAGCUUCUGUGGCUGAUGUGGAUUCAGAAGGGGCUCCCUCAGCAGAGACGUGUGACAUGUAAACCAAAUUAAACAAAUGUUCAAAGACA